UGCUGCUGCUGCUGCUGGCUGACUACAUUGUAUCGGUUCCCACACAGAGAAGCAAAGCGCGGUGCUCGGCUACAAACGGCGAAUACGAAGGAAUUAACCUGGAUGGGGAGCCGUUCAUAGAGGGAUUGGUUUUAUUUUUUUUUUGUUGACCGAUUCGCGAGGCGGCUGGGAACAGCAGCGGGGAAAAUGCGCCUGGGACUCGGCUGUUUUUUCUGCUGUGGUCGGUGUGUCGAAGUGUGAUGGCAGAAGUCCAGUGAAUCUCCCCUUCCUCUCUCUCCUGUUGUUGGGUGUCUGGGGGAGCGCUGCCACUGGUUUCUACUAGAGCUUUUAUUUAGAGGCUUUUAUUUUUAUUUUAUUCUUUUUUUUUAUUGCAACUCAACCGCCUUUGAUUGAUUAGUUCUUCAGACGGGAGCGAGCACCACCAUGGACGGUGAGCGGUUGGGAAUAGGAUUGUUCAGUUAAGUCGGGCAGAAUGUGGUUAAAUGGGACAGUUAGGAGUAGAACGUGAAGAUUAUCUAAUCCUUGCCCCUGACUCCCAACCGUCUGAGAGGGUGUCGGACCUCACCGAGGCAUUCCUGGGCCGUUGGCACUAAAAUGUCCCUAAGUGGUGGCACUGCAGGCGGGAAAGGUGUGGACUCUAAUGCGGUGGACACUUACGACAGCGGGGAUGAGUGGGAUAUCGGUGUUGGAAAUCUGAUCAUUGACCUCGACGCUGACUUAGAAAAGGACAAACUUGAGAUGUCUGGCACCAAGGACGGCAUAGCGGCACCACCCAGCGCAGUGGCGGCGUUGCCCGACAAUAUACGAUUCGUUAGCCCAGUCUCUGGCGCUCAAGGCAAGGAGAGCAAAUCAAAAUACAAGCGCAGUAAGAACUCUAAAGACAAUAGCAGCAAAGCUUCCACGGACGGGGGUAAAAAAGAAGCCACCGGACGGACUCAAGGGGAGCCAAUAGGUGCAGCAGCAAGCGCAGUAGCUGCAGGCAACAACUCCACCAAGAACAUGGAAAAAGGAGGCAAAGCCUCCAGAGGUGUUCUUGGAGGUAAAAAAGACAAGGAAGGGGCCAGUGGGAAAAAUAAGAAAGACAAAACAGAUGGCGCCCCAGUCGUGGCAAUUGGCGUCUCUGACAAGGACGUUACUCAGGCCCAGGUUGCUUUGGGAAAUAGCCGUAAUGCGUCCUUUGAGAACACACAAUCAACAGACUUGGCAGAUGCUAAUCAAAUGGGGAAUAUUGCACUUGAAUCUGUUGGGAUAGUACCAGCGUUGACCACGAAAACUGAACCAGAUGAGGUGGAAAAUGUGAACAGUGAAUGCAAGACAUUAAAGAAGAUAAAAAGCGAGAAGAUGGAAUCUCCCGUCUCCACGCCAGCUCCUCCUCCCCUCCACCUCCUGGCUGCGGUCGGCAACAGCGAAAUAGCCUCGCCUUGUGAGCAGAUAAUGGUGCGCACGCGCUCUGUGGCGGUGAACACGUCCGACGUGGCCCUGGCGACAGAACCCGAGUGCUUGGGGCCGUGCGAGCCUGGCACCAGCGUGAACCUUGAAGGCAUUGUGUGGCAAGAAACUGAAGACGGCAUGCUUGUGGUCAAUGUCACCUGGAGGAACAAGACAUAUGUGGGCACCUUGUUAGACUGCACACGGCAUGACUGGGCUCCCCCCAGAUUUUGUGAAUCGCCCACAAGUGAUCUGGAAAUGAGAAAUGGUCGUGGCCGAGGUAAACGUAUGAGACCGAACAGCAACACCCCGAUCAACGAGAAUAGCAACUCGUCAGACAACAAGGGUGCCACCAACAACAAGACACGUGCUGCCUCAAACACCAAGGGCCGCAGGGGCAGCCAGACGCCAUCAGAGCGCCGCACCCCUCCGAACAGCAACACAGAGGACAUCAAAGCCAGCCCUUCCUCUACUGGGAAACGCAAGACCAAACCUGCCUCUGAUAUGGAGCCCAACUCCAGUUCAGAGGACACCAAAGGCAACAAGCGCAUGCGGACAAAUUCCAACAAUGGAGGCGUGGGUGCUGCAGGUCUCCCAAUCCCUUCUGUUAAGACUGAAUCUCUUCCACCUCCACUCGAUCGAGGCUGCCCAUCUCCAGUUCUUAUUGACUGUCCACAUCCCAACUGCAACAAAAAAUACAAGCACAUCAAUGGACUGAAGUACCACCAAGCCCGAGCCCACAAUGAUGAUGACAUAAAGUUGGACUUGGAUGGAGACAGUGAAUACGGAGAGGACUCGACCCUCCAUCCUGAACCGGGAAACUGUAAUGGGGCGACUAUCUCCCAGAAAGGAUGUUUGUCUCCAGCUCGUUCAGUUACUCCGAAGGGCAGGAACUUUGAUGCACAGAGUCCUUCCCCCUCUCCUGGGAAGUUUGGUUCAAAGCAGAGUAAAAAGAAAACAGUUGAGACGGAUCCAGACACAGGAGGUACACCGAUGGAUGGCUGCGAGGAUGGACCAUGCCUUACUGAUGAGGCUAGUAAUGACGGGAUAGACGAUAAGAGAGGAUCGGAUAAAUCAAAAAAGGCUAACACUGGUACAAAAACUGAUAAAAUUGCCCAGAAAAACUUGAAGUCACCACGUCCUAUUGGCCCUGGGCCUCCAGGAUCCCAACAGAUGUAUCCUUUUCCGCCUGGGAACCAAAAUCCCUCCCCAGGACUAGCCCCAAUGAUGCAAGGAAUCCCCAAGAGCCCCCAAAUGAAAGGUGCACAGCCUAAACCUCCAGUUAUUGGAGAUCCAGCAUCAAGUAGCUCCAAAGACAAGAAGAAGAAGGACAAAAAGAAAAAGGAUGGCGCAAAGGACGCUGAUAGCCCUAAGCCCCCAGGAAAGGGUGGAAAAUUAGAGGAAGCAAAGCUUCCAUACUCUGAACCUUGUGACCAAGGUAAUAAGGGCGAGAGUCUCCUCAAUGGCUCCUCAGACCCCCAUCAGAGUCGCUUGGCCAGUAUCAAGGCAGAGGCUGACAAAAUUUACAGCUUUUCUGACAAUGCUCCAAGUCCGUCUAUUGGUGUUGCCAGUCGGAUAGAUGGCAGUGGGAUGCCACAACCUCUUACACCACUUCAUGUGGUAAAUCAGAAUGGUGCAGACAACUCCUCAGUUAAAACCAAUAGCCCAGCAUAUUCAGACAUUUCAGAUGCUGGGGAGGAUGGAGAAGGGAAACCAGAAGGUGUCAAGGUCAGGACUGAUGACCAAACCAUCAGGGAAAGCGUCAAAAAAGCACUCUUUCCAAACCAAACACCCAAUAAAGAAUCCCCUUACUAUACCAAUUACGACACUUAUUAUUCUCCUAAUUACGUCAACCCUAGUCCUGGCGGCCCAAACCCAGCUGCACCAGCGGCUGAAGGUCAGGCUAAGAUCAAAAGAGAUGAUGAACAUGACCAAGCUGAGGAUAAAGUAAAGGUUGAAGUUCAUGAAGAACGGAAAUCUGACCCCAGUGGUGCUGGCCUACAGCAGCAGCAGCCCUCCGUCAUCCAGCAGAGGUCCAACAUGUACAUGCAGCCUCUCUACUACAAUCAGUAUGCAUACGUCCCUCCAUAUGCCUACAGUCAUGAUCAAAGCUACCAUAACCACUUGAUGAACACCAAUCCAGCCUUCCGGCAACAGUAUGAGGAAAGGCAACGGCAGAUGGCUGAGCAGCAUCGAGCUGCAGAGAAGAAGUCGGACGCUGUCAUGAAAGAGCGAGAGGCCUCCAUGAAGGAGGAGUGGAAACAAAAGAGCCCAAUGCCACCAAGCCUUUCCAAAGCCCCAAGUCAGUCCGAUCUUGGAAAGGUACCCCAGGCGCCGAGCAAAUCCAGAGACUCGCCUUCUGAGUUGACCUCCAAGUCUAUUGGAAGCAUAAAGGGGGAGGACCCAAAAUCCCAGCAAGCUGAGGGGUUAAAGAUGAAACUGUCUGAAGGGGGUCACCAUGGCAAGGAAGACUCUUUGCAAGCUCUGGAGUCAAGAGGCCAGGCUGGAAUGGAGCAGGCCAUGUGGUACAGACAGCAGUACCCUGAGAGCCAGAAGCUCCAACCAGAGGAAGAACACCAGCAACAGCAGCAUCGCAGGAAAGAAGAAAGGGAACGAGAUCGAAAGCUAAAGGAAGAAAGGACCAGGCCAAAGGACAGUCAAAGUGGACCCAAGGAGGACGGAAAAGACUGUAACGAUCCUCGAAUCAGUGCUGAAGAACAUCGAGCCAUGAGCAAAGACUCUCGUUCUAACCCCCACAUGCAGUUCACAUCACCACUAGCACAGCACCAAGGCUACUUGCCUUACAUGCAUGGUUACCCCUAUGGACAAGGUUAUGACCCCAACCACCCGGGAUACAGAGGCAUGUCUUCAGUCAUGAUGCAGAAUUAUCCAGGUUAUCUAUCUGGAGGUUAUCCAUUUUCUACUUACGGGGGUAAAAUAGCUGGAGGUGAGGAAGGAAGCGAGAAAUCCCGCGCUAGCCCCACCGUCACUAAAACGGCAACGGACCCCAAAGCCCUGGACGCGCUACAUCAUUGCGUCACGCAGUACAAGAGCAAAUCCCCCACGGUUGGUGAUAAACCGCCCCACGACAGAGAACGGGACCAGGACCGAGGGGCUGCCGUGGAGCGAGAGCGGGAAAGAGAGCGUGAGAGGGACAGAGACAGGGAUGUGGACCGACCGCGUACCUCACCGUCCCAGCGAAUCAUGCCCUCUCACCACCACCUGGGAUACCCGCUGCUCUCAGCGCAGUACGACUUGUCCUAUGCCACAGGGAAACCUGACCGUCACACCUCAACCCUGCAGAGGUUCAUGUGACUGGCUCACAUGAGAGCAACAUCCUCUGGUUGUUACCUUCUAGACAUCAGUUGAAUGGUGUUAUCUUUAUUUUUUAGUUCCCCUGCCCCAAGGCAAGGCAGAAUGUUGUUGCUGUUUUUUGUUUAGUUUUUUUUCCUCCUCCCCUCGUAAAAGACCCCAAAUUCUCCGAUCCGAGGACUGUAACAGGACUAAAAGCAACCCAGGUUCAAAGCCAUGACUCUGCUCCUUCAUGCAGAGGAAACGCCGGCCCGUUGAUCAUCUAGUCUUUGCACUGUCGACAAAAACAAUGCAAAAAGAGACUAUUGGACUGCCAGAACAGCUUUCUCUUUUUUUGUUUUUUCCUGACUGCAUUGUUUUUUUUUUUUCUUCUUGUCACUCAGAAAGAACUUGGCAGGGGUUUGGGUUUGACAGUGGGGUGGGAGAGGCGUCAACUGAAAGAUGGGCUUACAGUGCGCCGUGAAACAACGGUAUAUCCUAAACUUGACAAAUGUUCGGCUAUAUUUAGUGGGAGGAGAGGGGGGGGGGGACUGUAACAGCUGCUUCCUUCAGAGACUUAAAAACCUGAGCCUGAAGUUUUCCCAUCUUCAUCUUCAUCAGUUCUCCUUGUUUUUUAAAGGAACUCUUCAUCUGUAGUUUCAGGGAUGACGCCGUCACGUUUUAGCGAAGGGACCGCACACACCUCAUGGAGAAACACUAUUCAUGUCUCCUUUUCUCUGUAAGCUCUCUGUCAUAUCAUUGCGUCCAUCUUUGGAAGUGUCUCCUGCUGGUGUCGUUCAUGUUUUUCUGUUUCCCUCCUUCACCAUGAAAGGAGUCGCAUCCACUCAAACGGUGAAGCCACAUCAGCAAGCGAUCAGGCCGCACACGGUGGACAUUUUGUUCAGUGACCAUGCUUCUCUCACUCUGUUUUCUGUAAACAAUGUAAAAUUCAGGCCAUGUAUUUUUCUGCUGUAAUAUAGAGGCUUUACAACCUUUCUGUGCAUAAAUGUUUGUAUUUAUUCAAGCAUGCAACUGUUAGAGAACCUGUUAAAAAGCAGUCUGCUUUUGCCACACUGAGCUCGGCUCGAUGCUGCUGCUGGAUGUUUUGUACGUUUUCUUUGGUGCUUUGGUUCGGCCCGUCUUGCCUUGCUGGAUUCACAUCUCCAUUCCCUCCAACAUGUGCAGUCCCACAUCUAAACUGCCGUCUGAUACCCGCUAAUCCAGUCAUAUUGGGUGGCAAACAAAAGGAGGUGAGAGGGAUUUUUUUUGGCUAAUGUGAUCAAGUGGCGGGGUUUUCCUUUCCCUUACUCAUGUGGCUUCACCGUAACAAAAAGACAUCAGUGGGCGUGUUUCCUGUGCUCACAUCUAGGUCAAAUCUAUGACAAUGAACCACAGCAGAUUUUAACAAAUUCGUCAAAUGGACUCCCUCGCAGUUGUCCAGUGAGCUUGGAAGCAAAGCACCUCAAAGCAUGUGGGUCCCACUCGCUAAGUUUCCAACCUUUAGCUUUAGGUGGACAGAAAGUGUGCCCCGCUCCACCAGAGGCUUUAAAUUACACGCCAUGGAAACCACAGGCGCUUUAAGUGAAAUACUAUCCAUAUGGUGCUCACAUUAAUUACAGGUUACUGAUUGCUGAAGGUCAUAACAUGGUGUUUGAAGCAUUUUGAUGACCAUGUUUUUAUCUCAUUUUUUUGUUUUAGAAAUAAUUUUAUCGCCCCAUGUUCUUUUUGUUUUUUUUUUUGUUUUUUUUUAUCAAUCAAGGCUCUGCACCAACAUCGUUUCUGGCCUCAGGAACCCAUGCAGUUCCUGUCGAAAACGAGGCAUUUCUCACUGUUCGAAAGCUGCAGCUCUUCAUUUUAAGGUUGAUGGACAUUCCAUGUGAGAAAGUUUCCCAGUUCCUUCCCUCCCACUGAAAAAAAAAACCCCAAGCUCACAGGACGGUUUAUAUUUUGACUUUGUGCGCAGUAUAAAGAGGAAUGCCUGACAUGAUUUAAAAGCUGAAUGUGGUGGUGUGUGACUUGUACUUAAUCUGUAAGGGUAAUCUAGGCAGCUGUGAUGUUGUCAUUAAAGUCAGCGGGGUUUUAGUACCAGCAGACUGCAUAUAGUUUUAUCAGACAAUGGUUGUGACAAGUGCAUUUGUUCUCUCUCUCUCGCUCUGAGGGUAGUGUUAUCUCAGUAGUAAGCAAAGCCCAGUGAAAAUCAUUUAUUCUAAAGUGUAUGAAAAAGCCAGAAAAGUAAUUUUUGCUUUCAACUUAUUGGAAAGUGCUUGGCUCUUGUAUUUUGCAGGACUGUAUUUGUUUCAUGGUGAAGAGUAUAUUUAUUGGCCAGCAGUUGUCUCAAUUGGUGCCUAGUCGAACAUUCUUCUGUGAAAACACAGAGACACUUGCUCGUUUGUCUUUUCCCCCCAACCCCCCUCCCUACACUCCCCCCCCUUUAACCCCACCAACCUGCACCCUAACCCCUCCCUUCUCCAAAAGCACCACAGUUGGUGCUUGCAAGGAUGUUUACAAUGUCUUCAUUUUCUUUCUGUGUGAGAAAUUCAGAACUCUUCUCUCUCUCCUCUGUUGUCUUUCCCUUCAGGAGUUUGUGUAAAGUGUACAUUACCAUGGUUCUUUUUUAUACAAUACUCUGUAACUUGCCUUUGUAAAUUUGGGCUGGAAAAAAAUAAAUCUUUUUAUGAGACAAUC